AUGCUGUGGUGCCUCGAGCUGCUGCUGGCGCUGGGGCUGGGGCUGCCGCGGCCAGGCGAGGGCCAGCCCCUGCUCGUGGAGCCCCCGGAGCCGGUGGUGCCGGUGGCCCUGGGCACGGCGCAGAAGCUGACCUGCAGCCUGGCCUGUGCCGACGGCACGGCGUCUGUGCACUGGCGGGGCCUGGACACCAGGCUGGGCGCCGUGCGGUCAGAGCCCGGCCGCAGCGUGCUCUGGCUGCACAGCGCCUCCCAGGACGAUGCAGGCAUGCGCGUGUGCACGGGCUCCUGCGGCGGCCGCACCUUCCAGCACCGCGUGGAGGUCCUGGUGUACGCAUUCCCGGAGCGGCUGACCGUUUCCCCCGCCGUCCUGGAGCCUGGGCAGGACAGGGAGGUGGCUUGCUCGGCCCACAACGUCACACCCUGGGGCCCAGACACCCUCUCCUUCUCCCUGCUCUGGGGGGACCAGGAGCUGGAGGGCAUCCAGGUCCUGGACCCGGAGCAGGUGGAGGAGGAGGCGUCCCUGGAGGCCCAGGACCCGCUGUUCCGAGUGACCCAGCGCUGGCUGUUGCCCACCCUGAGGAUGCCCGUCCCGGCCACCCUGCACUGCCAGGCCACCAUGCGGCUACCCGGCCUGGAACUGAGCCACCGCCGGCCCCUUCCAGUCCUGUGCAGUCAGAGCACUCCAGAACACCCCAAACCAUCCUCGCCAGAGACCCCCGGCCCAACCUCACUGAAGGCCUCUACUCUGACCUCGCUGGAGCCCCCCGGCUCCAUCUCCACGGCGCACCCCGGCUCCAUCUCCACGGUGCAUCCCAGCUCCAUCUCCACGGCGCACCCCGGCUCCAUCUCCACGGCGCCCAACUCCCCCUCCGCACCGGGCGCCCCCGAGCAGGCCUCCUCGCCCAGCCCCAGCAGCGCCCACAGCUGUCGCCCUGAGAUCCGCCAGGCCCCUCCAACAGCAGUGGAGAAGGCAGCCAGCUGGGGGCUGCUGUGCCAGGCGUCCUGCGGGCCCGGUGUGACCGUACGCUGGACCCUGGCCCCCGGGGGCCUGGCUGCCUACGAGAGCAGGGAGGCUGGGGCCUGGGCAUGGCUGAGUGCACCGCUGCUGACCAGCCCCACCCCCAAGGGCUGGUUCCAGUGCCGCCUGGAACCUGGCGGCCAGGUAGCCAGCCUAUACGUGCAUGGCCAGAAUCCAGUCCCAAGUACCUCGUCCAGCCCUGAGGUUGUCCAGCCGCCCGCAGCCUUGUGGAUGGGCGGCGUGGCGCUGGGGCUGCUGCUGCUACUAGCCCUGGCCGCCUAUCGCCUGUGGAAACAUUUCUGGCCAGCUCCCAGGGACCUCACUCACCCACCUGUCUGUCUGGGGCUCCUGCUGGUACAGGACUCCGAGAGGUGGCCGGCCUCUGCCCCCACCCAGCCGCAGGGAUCUGGGCCACGACAGGGCUGACUGUGCGCCCCAUUCCCUGCUGGCCAACACCUGUGACCCCUGUCCACAGCUGGCUGGGUUCCCACUGCCCUGAGGGUCCGCUGCGGGAGAAUAAAGGCCACAUGCUCUGACCACUGGUGACCCCUGUCAUGUUGGGAGAACGCCAGGACCGCCGCACAUCUCUGAUUGUACCCUGCACGAGGUGAUGGCUCAGCGACAGGCAUCCACACAUCCUCUGGGGUCAGGCUGGGGAAACCAGGGCCUGCUGGGCUGGGAGACACCAAGCUUAUGCGUGCUUCUGUGUGAGGGCCACUGCAGUCUAACAAGAAACUAGGAGUCUCCAAUGGACUAGAGGAUUGUUUGGUGGGGGGUAAUGUGGGCAGACAUGGACGGGUGGCUUAUGGAAUGAAAAUCGCUUGUUUUUAGGGAGAGCAGGGACUGGGAGGGGUAAAAGAGCAGCUAUAAAUGAGAUCAGCAGCUGAAGCGCUGGCGAUUCCAGACAGGAAAGGAGGGAUAUGGGCAUUGGGGAGCCACGGCAGAGUUUAGAGUUAUAGCAAUCGGUGGUAGAACGCCCCAUCUGGUGGUUAGGAAGAGUAACAGCCUGGGGCAGCACACUGCGAACACAGGCUGCUAGACCGAGUAGCAGAAAUGGGGUCAGGACCGACUCCCCAACCCAGCGCUGUGGACUCACAAGGAGACAGGGAGAGGCUGAGAGCUGGGCCGAACUUAACCUAAGCCCAGAGGCUGCGGCCAGCAUCUGAAGAGGACUCGGGGAAAAAAAAAAAAAAAUGAAGAGGACUCAGAAGUGGCGUUCAUUCCUGGAGUCUGGG